AUGUUGAACAAUAUCUUCCAAACAGAGCAAUUCUCCACCUCUGUUGCUUCAGAUGAAUACAACUUAGAGAAAUUAGCUAAGGAAAGUGGCUUCUAUGAAGGUGAUCAAGAAUGGGGAGGCUCGGAAUCAAUUGACAUGGAUUUCUUUACUUGUGGUACAAGUUUAUUUGCGCAGAGUACACCGCAUACUUCAUCGUGUGGUGAUGAAUUCAAGAAAAUAAUCGAGCCCGGAAAAACGGGGUUUGAUCGUUUUCAUUCGUCGUCGUCGUCGUCCUUCGAGAUUCUCAACAAGUACGGAAGCAGAUGCAGAAGAUUCAACGGCGAAAAUAAAAAUCUCCAAAAAUAUGGAACCGAAGCAAAUGAACCGAGUACUUUUCGCCUUUCGAUCGAGCAAAUCAUUCGAGUAGCUUCCGAAAAUUUCAUCGAGUAUUCCACUUCCCAAAUAAGCAAUGAAGUGUCUAUAUUAAGCCACCCAUAUCCAAGUUCAAUUUUGUGCCACUCCAAAGAAGAUUCCCAAGCAGUUGAACUUGUCCAAAAUCUACUCUUAUGCGCCGAAAAAGUCAACGCAAAACAAUACGAACGAGCGAAAAAAAUCUUGCUCGAGUGCGAUAGGAUGAGUUCUCCAAAAGGGACUCCUAUUCAAAGAUUGGUGUUUUAUUUCACCGAAGCUCUAUACGAAAAAAUCGAUGGAGAAACGGGAAAUAUAACACGAAAAGGGUUGUCGAAAAAAACCGAGGACCCGUUAGAGGCAUUGAAAAGCAGUGAAGAAACAAUGAUUGCUUUUCACAAAGAGGUACCUCUCUCACAAAUCACUAAAUUUGCGGGCAUUCAAUCGGUAGUCGAUAAUAUAGGCGACGCGAAAAAAAUCCACUUCAUCAUAUUUGAAAUUCGUAAAGGUAUACAAUGCACAAUUUUAAUGCAAGCACUUAGUGAAAACUGUGUAGAGCAUCUCAAAAUCACUUCUGUCGGGACGAAAACAUCUAGAGCUAGUAUGGAAAAGACAGGUACACAACUAACGAGCUUUUCGAACUCAUUAGGGUUUCGCUUUUCUUUCAAUGUUGUUAUUGUGGACGAUAUAUCGGAUCUUGAUAAAAGUCAAUUCAAGAUAGAAGAAAACGAAGCUAUAAUUGUGUACGCGGAGUUCGCUUUAACGAAUAUGAUCGGACAGUCGGAUAGGCUCGAGCAUUUGAUGAAAUUAAUCAAAGCCCUUAAUCCAUGCGUGAUGGUGGUAACCGAAGUCGAGGCGAAUUGUAAUUCUCCGAUUUUUGUGGAUAGAUUUGUGGAGGCUUUAUUUUUCUACGGGGCUUCUUUCGAGUUAAUGGGGGAUUGUAUGAAGAACGAUGAGAAGCAUAGGUUUAUUGCAGAAGGGACGUGUUUUGGUUCUUCGAUAAGGAAUAUUAUUGCGACCGAGGGGGGAGAGAGGAAGAUAAGGCAUGUGAGUGUUAGUGUUUGGAGGGCAUUUUUUGAGAGGUUCGGUUUCGAGGAAAUCGAAUUGAGCGAUUCUUCGAUUUAUCAAGCAAAUCUCGUCCUCAAGAAUUUUGCGUUUGGAGAUUCGUUUACGUUCAAUUUCGACGGUAAAAGCUUGAUUAUCGGGUGGAAGGGGACGCCGAUUAGUUCGCUUUCUGCAUGGAAGUUGAAAUGUACUACUUAG